AUGAAAAAGACAGAACGUCGGCUACUGCUCAUGGUCCCAUCGCGACUUUCGUUUUGCCUGUUUUAUAAUGGAGAAUAUUACAAAGCUAUUGUCUGCCUCUGUCAGUAUGCGCAGCUCGUUCCUGAAGACGUCACGGUCAAGGAUAUUAUUGUUAAAUGGCUCACAUAUCUCGGCGAAAAUGAGCUUGCUGAGGCGAAGAUCAAAGAAUUCAAAAUGGAAACCGUUUCACCUUGUUUAACAGAAAUUGUGCAGCAUUUUCUAGUUUAUAUGAAAUCAAAAGAUCGACGCGCCGAAAAAUUGGAAAAAAUUAAAGCCUGUCACGAGAAAAUCAAGGAAAAUGGAAUCACUAAAAAGUCGUUCGCCAGUUAUGAUUUAUUCUCGUUUUCCUCUUGGAUGAUGUCUCUACUAUCAAAUGUUCCUCUGAGCACAGCGUUGGAAAAUGCCGAGUUUCCCGAUAGAGGUGCAUAUUUGGUAGAAGCUUCUUCCAAAGCUGAUUCGCUUGUUCGCAAUCGACUUGCUGGCCUUGCACCCUACUCAUUUGAAAAUACUGCUGCUGCUAAUGUCCUUGAGUACCUUGAACGCGGAAAUACUCCAGUCUCUCCGACAGAAUACAUGAGUUGUGCUUCAUCGCUUGCGUGGAUGUUCGAACUACGACGCGAACUGGCAAUGUUCAACACUUCGAUUGCUCAGGCGAGAGAAGCAAUGUCGGCAUUUGUGCUCAAUUGGAGGGUGGCUUUACGAUCGGGCUCACUUCUGAGAAUCUUACAAGCUAUUAAUGGCGCUUUUUAUUAUUACAAAGUGAUUGAUGAGCCAGAAUCAAAAUCAUACUUGAAUGCGAUCGUUACAUCAUGUGUUAAUCUACUAUCGCCGGAAGCUGUUGUGAUUCGGUGCUCAACGCCGAUACGAAAGGAAGAAAACAAUCGUUUGGCCGUACGAACACCGGUGUUUUCUAAGAAGGAGAACAUUCGAAAACUUGCGGUUGACGACGAAAACACUUUGCUGCUGGAAAUUACCGAUAAUAUGAACGAUCUUAGAAUCGAAGAAGGAAAUACUCUCCACCAAGUUUCAAAAACUUGCAUCUGCUCAACUUGUGAGCAUUACUACAAUAUAAGCUCGAUGUCAAUUGAAUAUCAGUUUUCAAAAGCGCUUUAUUCUGAUUUUUCGCAAGAAUCCAUAGUCGAACUCGAUAAAGAAUAUGUUGAAAUUCGACACGAGAUUAUGAAAGUUCAACGAAUAUUAUUUAAAGAAGAUGUCAAACCGAGGCCGUCAAUAUUUUUAAACGAAAUCUUUGCAAUUUGUGCAAUCCGAUGGAUUUCGAAUAAAAUUCAAAGCGAAGAAAGAGCGGAUGAGACGAGUGUUCAAAUUUUGAAAAAUGCUUUGAAGGCAACGAAAUAUGUGCCGAUUCGAACCCUUGAACACUCGCUUAUUCUCAACCAAUACUGUCGAAAAUACCGCCGUUCGUUUCAUUGUCGAUUGUCGUGGAUGCAGCCGAUUGAGAGUAAACCGUUUGUUAGAAUGGGUAUUGAGUGUGCUCUUGACAUUAUUCGUGCUGUAUCGCCAUUUGGGCGAAAAUCGAAAACGACGCCAACGACGCUAAGCGAAGAAGAAAAACAAAAAGAAAUUGAAGCAACUGCAAAAAUGUACCAAGAAGUUCGAAUUGAUAAUGCCUAUCACGUUCACUUAUUGUAUCGAGAAUGGCGUGCUAAUGCGUUCCCGUAUGCUGCUCGAAUCAGCCAAGAACCGUGGGAAAGUGCCUAUGCUUGGGCGGAAGCGACCGCGAUUGGAUCUAGGAGUGCUCUUCAGAGCAAGAUUGGAACAUGCAAAAGGGAUGGAGUAACCAUUUCAAGUGGAUCAAAACUGAAAACAUGUAUUCGUGCCAUGCCAGAAGAAAUGACGAUUGUGCAAAUUGCAAAAAGCGACGAAGGGCAUAUUUAUCUCAUCAAAAUGCACAGUGAUCGAGAUCCAAUUGUUAUGCCGAUUGCUCAUGCAUCGCAAGCUACCGAACUCAUGGAUAAGUUUACGCAUUUGCUGCAAGAAGAUGAACGUAUUGCGCGGGAACCCGGAGAUCGCACGCCCGAACAAUUUUGGAACACGCGGAGAGCCAUUGAUGCCCGGAUAAAGUCGCUUUUGGAUGAAGCUGAGAAAAAUUUGCUCGACGUUUUUGCAUAUCUAUUUUUACCGUCAAUCAAACUUGGGGAAAAAUCUGUGAAAAACUCAGCAAGGAUUGAGAAACAAUUAAAUGGAGCAAUUCGCCUCGGAGAAGCCAAGGAGCUAGUUUUCUUGACGUCGAAAAUGAAUGAAAAAGAUUGGAUAAAAUUCGUUACGAGAUUCUGCGAGAUGCGAAACGUAUCAAAUGUUAAUGCGAACAUGUUUUCGAUUUGCUAUAAGAGAUUCCGCGAGGACAUAGCUCUUGAUACGACCCCGACGACUAGAAAAUUCUAUACCUAUCUCAUAAUUUCUCCUGAUUUGUCGCAAUUUUGUUGGGAAAAGCUGCCGAUUCUCGCAUCGCAGCCGUUCGUUUGCCGAAUGGUUUCAAUUCAUGCAAUGCUAAGUCAUCUGGAGUCGCUCAAUCAGAAUCAGAAGCAGGUCCCGUUGCAUGUUGAUCUUGACAAAUCCUACUAUGUCCUUGAUCCCGAUAACAAUUUGGGGCAAACAAAGAAGCGAAUUCUUGAAUUUAUUGAUAAAUUCAAAUGGGAAGGAACUGUCGGAGAAACGCCGAAGCCGAAUGAAGUUGUCAGCGCUUUGGAAAACAAGGACGCCUUCUUCUACUUUGGACAUGGAUCUGGCUCGAAGCAUGUCAAUCGGAACACGGUCAAACAGAGCAAAUGCAAAGCGAUUAGCUUGUUGAUGGGCUGUGGAAGCGUGCGAACGUUGCCACAAGGACUUGGAUGGGAUGGAAAGUCCGUCUUACUCGAUUAUGUUCUGGCUAAAUGCCCUUUGGUGGUUGGAUGUUUGUGGACAAUUACGGAUGGCGAAAUUGAUCGAUAUUUGAUGAGAAUGGUUGAUGAUUGCUUUGAGAAUAAUAGUGGUGUUGAUCAAAAACAAAUGCGUCAACUUUCUGAAGCGAUGGAGAAUGCUCGAACUAAAGCGAAGUUGAAGUAUCUCACAGGCGCGUCUGUCGUAAUGUAUGGUUUUCCGGCAAUCAUGAGACCUGGGAUGAUGAAAAUUGAGACAGAUUCCGAAUUAAAAAAUAUUAGUCAGAAAGUGCUUUCAUCAAUGCUAGAUAAUCAAGUGUCAAACAAUUAUACUAAUUCAUCGUACAAAUCGCCAUUGCGGUCUCGAAGCGCCAGAUCUGCUCUUCGUCCAAAAAAUGAAGAAGCAAAGGGAUUCCAAGUUUUCGAAGACCCGGAACCAGAAGAGCCGCCGAAGCGGAUUACGCGAAGUCGGACAACGAGGAACUUGUAG